AUGGACGCCUUGAGAGCUUCAUACGGCGAUUCAGAUUCCGAUUCCGAUUCCGGCUCCGAAAGUUUCACUCAGAAAUCACAAGUUACGUCAUCAAACCCUAGUCAAAAUCCCGCCCGAUCAUCAACACCACUGCCUCCGCCACCUCUUGCUCUCCUGGAACCUUCCAGUUCUCUAAUUGACGCCUUGCGGACUGAGCUACCCAACCGAGUUCGGAGCUUUCCUCAUGUGGAGGGAAAUUAUGCUUUGCACGUUUACAUUCCCGUGUUCAUUCCGCCUUCAUCAAGGAAGGAGCUGAUUCAGUUUUGCAAAAAGGUUAAUGCUCUUGUGCCCGGUCUUCAUAUGGUUGACCAUGAUCUCGCAUUUAAUACUUUGCUACUUGACGAGAAUAAAUUUGAGCAACUUGCUCUAGGAAAGGAAUUUCAUAUUAGUCUCGGAAGAACUGUUCCAAUACGAGUCCAUCAAAGAGACUCAGUGUUGACAAUGCUUCGCCAAAAGCUUCAUACACAGAAGAGGUAUUGGAUUGAUUUCAAUAAGUGGGAGGUAUUUGUUAAUGAUGAUCAUACUCGCACUUUCCUCUCAAUGGAAGUUACAGCAGGAGGCGUGGCUGAGAUAACAAAGCAAAUCGAAGCUGUUAAUGAGGUCUACAAGCUUCACAAUCUGCCAGAAUUUUACAAGGAUCCACGCCCGCAUAUAUCUGUAGCGUGGGUGUUGGGUGACAUGAGUGAAGUCAUGAAGAGAGUAUUAGAGGAAGAAACAAAGAGACGCACUAGUCUUGGAGGUACACGUCAUAAGCCUCUUUUCGCUUGCAAAUUUGGUGGGGUUUUGUGCAGAAUAGGUAAUCGAGUACAUGAAAUAUGCCGAGUUCGGGAGGUAUAA